GUGAUUUAAAUGGCGCUUUAGUUGUUUGAGUAAAUGGCGUUUGUUGUUUUCAGCAGCCGGUGGUUUGGAUUUAGAUUUACCUUUGCGCACAUUCCUAUAAUCCUAAUUGAAGAGCAAAUAGGCUACUUGCGAAGUGAAAACGUCAAUAUGAAAAGGAAAAUAAAACAAAGAUUAUAGUCGUUGCUGUUGUCUUACCUUUUUCUAGCUCCAACGUCGCCUCCGCUUAAUGUGACCGCACACAACACCAGCUCCACUAGCAUUUUUGUCACGUGGUCUCCUCCACCAUCGGACAACAUUCCAGGAAUUCUUCUGGGCUACGAGGUCUCCUACACACCUUCAGAGCCAGAAAUAUCCCACAAUUCAUCAACUAUCAGAAGAGUUAUGUUGUGUUCCUGCAAUACAUCAAUAGAAUUGACAAACCUCACCGUUUAUGAACCUUAUAACAUCACUGUUGCUGCCUUUACUUCUGCUGGUAUUGGGAAUGAGAGUGAAAUAAGACAGAUUUGGACAGAUGAGGAAGGUUUGUUCUUCAGCUGUCAGGGGCACCCAACGAGAAUAUAGUUCAAAACCACUCAAACAUAGCAUUUUUAAACGUAUUUUAGUAUUUCAACAGCAGAUAUAGGCAUAUUUUUAUCCCCUAAAAAUUUUUCAUCCGUUCGGAUUUCCUAGCUGAAAGUCUAGUGAUCCGAAAAUUAUAGGGAUCAAAACUUACCUUUUCGAAAAUUUCAGCCAGAAAAAAGGCUCCCGAAAAUUCUAGGUGACCUUUUUAGGGUAAAAAUCCGUUGAAAAUAGGCAAUUCUACCAUUUUUUAGAUGUGCGAAAAUCCUAGGAGAGACGGGCAAGCAAGAAAUUUUACAACAAAUGUUUCGAAAAUUCUAGAUCUCAAAUCGUCUUCCGAACAGAUAUUCUUCCGAAAAUUGUCGUUGGGUGCCCCUGAGCUGUGAGAGAAUUGAAAGCUCGCCACUACGACAUUCUCGCUAAACUCGUAAUAGAAUGACGACGGCUAUCAAGUUUUCCCGCCAAAAUGAGCAAUACUCAGUAUUGGGAAAAUCUUGUACUCAUAGUCGUCCUCGUCUUAGAAUCUAAAAGCUCUCUGAUAGUUUAGUCGUAUUGUGUUCUGGGCCUGGAAGGGCUUUCCCGGGAUCCGCAGUUUGACCAAAAAUACAGUGUGGGAUUCGGGAAACGCUAACGGGCUACAGGAUUUGACUGCUACCCGAGUAGCGGGAUUCCCCAAACAUUGACUCUGGGAGGGGGGAUUGGGAAAGCAGACGAUAUUCGGGAUGGCGAUGACAGAAGUUCGGGACGCGAGAUUCUCGUCAAAAAGGAGAGCGAAUGUGGAAUCAGGGCACCGGUUUCCCAACCCUUUGUGUUUUAUUCAUUUCAUUGUGCAGUACUCGAUACUCUUUCUUGCACUGUGCGCUAUUGCAGUGAAUUGUACUACAAUGUUCGUUUCUGCAUCGCAUUCAAUUGCACUGAACAGUACUUACUUUAUUACAUUGCGUUGUUCUGCACUGUAUUUUAUUGCAUUACGUUCUACUUUAUUGAAUUGCAUUGGAUCGUUGUAGAUAAAAUCCUCAAGAGUCACUCUUUACAAAGGGACUAUACAUUAGAAUUUCCCGUGGCAUUCUUACGUCUCAUCCACCGAAUAGUUCCUGCCUUUAAAACUUCUCUUGAAUUGUCAAAUUAACGACGUUAAAGAAGUGGGGGUUUAGAUCAGGUAAUUCCUUGACCCGUUCUCUCCCAGGUAAGUUUAUGAAAAACUCCAAGGGGUUGAGGGAGGGGUUCCCGUUUUUCUUAGUGGGUGGGAGAGUUUUAAACAGAAAAAUCCUCCUUUGGGUUCAGGUACGAAUAUUAGGGAGCUUUAGCAUCGACGACGGUAACUGCAGCGAAAACGUCAGUUUUAAAAUGAAUUCCCGUUUUUUCAAUCUUUCUCGCGUGUAUUCCAGUUUGCUGAAAAUGGCAAGUGUAGGCGAAUUUCCCUGGAGUUGAGUUCUUGAGGACCGCACUCAAGUUUAGAGAGAGAAAAAGAUAUUCGUCGUCGCUUGUUUACGUCGUCCAUAAAACUUGAAAUUAGGCAUUUUCACGUCGUAGUCGUGCAAGGACGGUAAAGAAAUGUACAAAAAAGCGUGAUGCACGUGCAAAGUUGUUGUUUUGCGUAAUAAACCUAUUGCUUUUUUGACGUCCUCUUUGCCGUCGCCGUGGUCGUUGCUAAAGCUCCCUGUUAUCAGGACAAUGUAAACACGGCAACGCCAAUUUGGUGCUAUAUGGGGUCGUGAAAAUAAAAACAUAUCAUAUUUGGGUUUUCUUGCAGCACCAAAAGAGGCACCACAAAAUGUCUCAGCAGUGUCCGAGACUUUUGACAGCAUAAAUGUGACCUGGAGAGAAGUUCCUGAAGAGAAAAGAGAUGGCAUAAUUAUUCUAUAUCAAGUGAUGGUCUUUUCUGAUAGCUCCUACAAAUUUCAUAAUACAACUGAGAGCAACCGUGCUAUCAAGAUACAUGGCUUAGAAAUGUUCAAGAUGUAUGAAGUGACAGUCCGAGCCUUUACAAGAAUUGGACCAGGCCCCUUUAGUCAUUCGACAAAGCUUAAGACGAAAGAAGAAGGUAUUUUGAAUUGAAUUCACAUAAAUCAGCGGUUUGUAGUCAUGUAAUUUAUGCGCGAAGGUAAUCUGCACUAGUUUCACGAAUAGCUAGUACGAACAAAGAAAAGAAAAGAAAGGCAAAAGACUUGGGCGAGGUUUUCUCUUCCCAGUCUUUAGCAAUGCUUUCUCGACUGCGUAAUGAACACACUACUGUUUUUACUAAACUUAUAGGCACUUUUUUUUAAAAUUUAGUAAUAUUAUACGCACUCGCCACUUGCACAUCUCACAUAAUGCACCUUAAUUGUCCCCCAAAAUUUUGCAUAAGCAUUGUUUUCAAUUUCUUUUGGGAAGGCUGUAAUACCCAGGAGAAAUGAGAAACAAAGGUUAUGCAAAUUUCUUUUUUUGGCGGGGGAGGGGGGAAUAAGGUGCAUUAUCGGAGAUGUGCAAGUGACGAAUGCAAUAAUCUUAUAAAUUUUACACUUCGGUCUCUAGUCAAUUAUGAUACACUUUAAGUAGUUUUUUAAAUGCGAUUUUAAUUGCUACAGUAGUUGCGUAUUUUAAUUUAUAGUGUCCCCGUUUAGUGGUUCCUCUACUGCUAUGUUAGUUUGACACUUAAAUAAAGGUAUUGAUUGAUUGAUUGAUUGAUUGUUAUUCACAAAGGAGGCCAGCAUGUACCUUUUCAGCAGAAAAAUUGGUGCCGAGUGCCAGAAGGGGCUGUAAUAUUCUACUUAAACGCGGGUUACUUUUUCUCCACCUGAGCGGUUUACCUCACCUACCUGGGGUCCCCCAGCUCCAGGUAAACCUGGGCCCUAACUCGAUAUUUAUUAUUUUUUAACAGCUCCAUGGUUCGCCCCUAACGUUACUGGCCAUGCAAUCAACAGGACAGCUAUUAACGUGACAUGGGAUAUUGCCCUGCCUAAAGGAUUCAAAUUACGAGGGUUUAACGUGACUUACGGGUGGCAAAACGUGACUUACAGGUGGCAAAACGAGACUUACAGGUGGCAAAACGAGACUUACAGGUGGCAAAAUGAAACGGUCCGCGUCAACGAACCCGAAAGGACAGUGGUUCUCACGGGACUUGAGGUGUUCACCAAAUACGAGAUCAAAGUAGCGGCGGCCACAAACUACCAAGGACCCUACAGCCAGGAAAUUUUAGUCAAGACCUCAGAUGGAGGUGAGGGUUGAAAAGUUAUGUUAAUUAGGCUCUUUGCUCCCUCUCCCGCCCCCAACCCGCCGCACCCCAGCGGGUGCUCAACAAAAUUUUGUAAGGAGAGGCUUCGUCCCAAGGUCCACCCCUUACCCAUUUUUAGUAAAAUCCAACUAGUGGUCUAGCUGCUACUAGGCUAUAUGUUAUAGCCCACUAGUAGCGAAAAGCGCCGGCUUUGAAAACCAAAACAACGGCGGCUGAAUCGCGUUCUGCUAGCUAAAGUUGUUUUGUCUCGAUAUUUUUGACCAACUAUUUGGAUUUUACUGAAACAAUUAUUCCUGUCACCCCCAUGGCCUCUGAGUCAAUAGCCCAUUCGGGCUCGAGGAAUCAUUGUUAAAUAUACCAUUGUUGACAUAAAAGGUACCCCUUUCGUAUACCUUCUAUUGACAAAUGGCUCCCCUUUUGCAUACCUCCUACUGACAAAUGGCAACCCCUUUCACAUGCUAGUUUAGAAGGCUGCAUGCCUUUUAACUGCUGUAAGUGCACCCUGUUUUAAAUAUGAAUAAAUCACCAAACCAGAAAGUUUUCUUGUCUUUUACACAGCCAUGAAAAUGCGAUUGUUGGCCCUUUUUUGUCCAAUCACAGACCGCAAUGACAGCUUUCCCUACCCUUUCAUAUACCUGGUGAAAUCCCUACCCUUUUAUAUACCUAAAGCCUGAAAAAGGUUCCUCUUUGGGGCGGAGCCUCCCCAUACAGGCCAUUAUAUUGAGCACCUCUCCCCAGGCCCUUUUCAGCUUGAAAUCGCGCGACAUGCUUAUUGUAAAAAUAAUGAGAUACAAAUUAAACAAUAUCAGAGAUGAAAAAGUAUUAGAAAUUAAAAUUGACUGUAGUAUCGCAAGGCGCAUCGACACACCCACGGCAAAACCUACAAGAUGCACGGUCCUUUCGAGUUUUCCACUGCUACAUACAGUAUUUUUUCGUUAUUAAAGCCACAGUAGAAUCGCAGCAAAGAGUGCUUGGUAUUUUUAGGGUUUUUAUCUCAUAAGUCACGUGAACCCGAGCUGUGACAGGGCCUAUAGAGUGUUUUCACUCACGUGGCCAGCAUCCAUGUAAAUUUAUUAGAACAAAAGAAAGCGUUUGCAUAAGAAAAGAGUUCAACUCCCACAGGACUGGUUUGGGACACCAACAUGACCGCCGUUUCAUUGUUUUGGGACACCAAUAUGGCCGCCGUGACGUCAUGUGAAAACACUCUAUUCGGACUUUCCGAGUUCCAAAACCUCUCACUUUCAAAACGAGGCUAACUGCAAAACCUUUGUUGUGAAAGAGUUUUGUUUGCAUGAGAAUAAAAAAAUCAUUUUUAUAUCAAUAGCUUCGCUCUUAGCCUCGCCUUGAAACAGAGGCUUGGAGCAACUCGAAAAUGGCCUAAUGUAACCACUAACAGCCCACGUCUUAAGGCGCUUUCCAUUUGUCAGAACUGACUGGCCAGCCCAAUCCCAUCGUAAUGAGAAUUUAAUUUGUAAGCAAAACUAACAAUCCAGAUCAGUCAAUUCCUAAAUAUUAUGCACAAAGUAGAUGGUUGUUCAGCGAAACCUCUUGGAAAAAGCCUAUUUUGCCAAAAUGUUUGGUCAGGCCAUGAUCCAGCCGGCCAGUUCUGACUUUUGGAAAGCACCCUUAGCAUGAUUUUCUUUUUUCUGCUUUCCUUUCAAGCGUCUGCUGGGCUAGCCGUCUCCAAUACAUGACUUUACACCAUCACCACCGUGGAUUCUUAGGCUUUCAUGUUGUUUUGCUGUAAACGAAAAGGGAAAGCAAAUUUGCAGUUUCAUGUGACAAAAAUGUUUCUUAAAAGAAGGCAACAAAGUCGUGAAAAGUGCUGAUUAGCUAUCACAGGUGAAAGUAUGACAAAUUUAGGCAAAGAAAUUCUGAGAUGUCAGGGUACGCCAAAUAUACCCUGAAUCCCUUGGCGCAUGCGGUGUAUGGAGUUGAUCACGUGACAAUAGGCCUUUUUACCGAUGCGGCGGCCAUAUUCAAUUUAGUAGUUUUAAGGAGUAUUGUGGGAUGCCCAGGGAGCAAUCGCUCAGUAUUUACGCGUGCUUUUCGGGCAAAAAGAGAACUUCAAUGUUUAUUUCUCGGGAAAGAGGCGAUCAUUUUUACAUCCAAACACGGCACAACGAUCUUUUUUCCCAUUACAAUCUUUUUCUAGGAAAACGUAAGAAAAAUUGGCCCGAAACGCUCGCAUAAAUACUGAGCGAGUAUAUCGGAUCAUGCUCAUGCCACCUGGGCAUCUCAUAAUACUCCUUAAAUUUAACUAAUGCAAUAUGGCCGCCGUAUCUGUAAAAAGGUCUAUUCGCCACUUCCACAUUUUCCAUAAUGCACCUUAUUUGCCCCCCAAAUUUUGCAUAACCUUUGUUUUUCAUUUCUCCUGGGUAUUACAGCCGUCCUAAGAGAAAUUGAAAACAAUGCUUAUGCAAAAUUUUUGGGGGCAAAUAAGGUGCGUUAUGGGAAAUGUGGAAGUGGCGUCUUGGACGACCAAGCUAGUUAUCAAGAUCUCUCCUUCAGAGGAGAGACAUUGAAAAGAAGAGUUAGACGACGAAAGUUAGUGAUUAAAUAGGCCAUUUUUGAGUUCCAGAAACUCUCACUAUGAAAACGAGACUAAGAGCGAAACCUUUCUUAUGAAAAUGAGGUUUAUUUCGCAUGAGCUUCGCACUUAGCCUCGCUUUGAAACAGAGGCUUGGGACUCGGAAAUGGCCUAUUGGAGCUUAACCUACGUUUUUAUACCGACACAGCACCUAGUGGUUCACCUACCAACGUGGAUGCUGUUGCAAAGUCAAUAUCAAGUAUCAACGUGACGUGGGGGCCUGUACCUGAGUUCGAACGCAAAGGAAACGUCACCAUGUACGAAAUUCAUGUGAUGAACAGCAGCCAUUACGGGGUAGCAAAUAUCUCUGUUUGCGCGAACAACUUUUCAGUGGUGGUAGACGAGUUAGAAAUGUUUGUCACCUACUAUGUCAGAGUACGGGCCUUGACGGCCGUGGGAUUUGGGCCAUGGAGUCGUAAUGUUACCGUAGCAACAAAUCAAAAAGGUACGACACCUUUAAACGCGAAAAAGGGAUUUCUAUGCCCGUAUUAUACGCAUGUCAUAUAUGCUCAGUCAGUUAUGAGAGUUUAAAACCAUCAAAUUCCUCUUAUAAAAGACACCAAUGGGACAGAGGUGUCAUAUUUAUCAUAACAAUUUUGGUUUCCCCUAGAAAGGUGUCUGUAUUGCUGGUUUUCAGUUGUCUCUGAAAUUGUUAGUGGGGACGCGCCGGUCAGCUAUUAGCCAAUUACUUGCUCUGUAACAGUCCCAGAAGUCUCUGCGAAAGUUAACUCGGCCCAGUUUGCGAAUGUGAAGUAGUAAACGGUCUUUGUAUUUUGGCGCCGGUCAGCUAUCAGCCAAUUAUUUUCUCUGUUUCUAGCAACAGUCCCAGAAGUCUUUGCGAAAGUUAACUCGGUCCAACUUCCUUCUCGUAACAGUCCCAGAAGUCUUUGCGAAAGUUGACCCGUCCCAGUUUCCUUCUCAGUAAAGGGUCUUCUUAUUUUGGCAGGAAUAACAAAAACAACACUUACCUGGUCAAUUUUUUAUUUUCCUUGUUUCUGGUGUUACCGUAUCUUGUUUUAUUCCUAGCGCCUGACGUUGUCCUCAAUGCAACUGCAUCCGUAAAAAACAAAACGUCUAUUCUUGUGUCGUGGCAAAUAGAACGGAUUCAUGCUCGGUUACAAAAGCCGGACACAUAUCAAGUGUCUUAUUGUCCGCAUUGCCGACGGAAGACUUGCCUGGAAACGAACAUAUCCACAUCAGCUAGCGGUCUGACAACCCUGGUCAGCAGUCUUCUGGUUGGUGUUACAUACAAUGUAACAGUGCGUGCCAUUAACAUAACAGCAAGUGAUGGGACGCCUGUGGAAACGCCUUAUGGGAACUAUAGCGAACCAGUUUACAACACGACACACGAAGGAGGUGGGUGGUCUCUUAUUUGCCUUACGCAAGCGAGAAUAGAGGGACAAAGAGAGGAAACGUCCAGUCUAGAUCAGUCUAGCCCUUGGGAUAUGUUGAACUUCACCAAAGUUAUUUCUAGACAAUUUUAACCCUUGAGAUUAAUGGGGAGUUAGUUUCCGGAGAGGUCCGCAAAUUUACAUUCAGUGCCAUCGAAAGAGGAUUCAACAGUCGUCAUUACAAUACGGACCUUAAGAUCCGAGGACGGCGACGGCAGAGAAAACGUCGCUGAAAAAGUGAAUUCGCGUUCUUUCAAUCUUCAUUACGAUUAGUACAAGUCACUAACUUUGUCAAAUGUAGGCGAACCCUCCUAAAGUUGAAUUCCUGAGAACCACAUCCAAGUUCAGAAAGAGAGGGGAAAUUUGGUCGUCGCUUGUGUACUUCCUCUGUACAUCGUGAAAUUAGGCAUUUUCACGUCGUAGUCGUGCAGUGACGGCAAAGAAAUGUACAGAAAAGCGUGAUGCACGUGCAAAAUUGUUGUUUUGCUAAUUAAACCUAUUGCUUUUGUGGCGUUCCCGUUGCCGUCGCCGUCGUCGCAUCUUAACGUCCCUAAUAUAAGGGAGCUUACGCAACGACGACUGCGACGGCUACGAAAACGUCGCUUAAAAAGUGAAUUUGCGCUGCCUCAAACUUUAUCGCGCGUAUUCCAUCUCGCUUAAUUCAUCAAAUGUUGGCAAUUUUUUUGGAGUUGAAUUCUAAAAGACUGCAUCAAAGGUUAGGAAAAGAAAAAGAAAGUUGUUGUCUUUUGUUCCCGUCCUCGACAAGAAGGGAAAAUAGGCAGUCUCACUUUGUAGUACUACAACGAUGACAAAAAAAAUGUACAAAAAAGCGUGUUGCACGUGCAAAGUUGUUGUUUUGUUUGUCUAAACUUAUUGCUUUCUUGCCGUUCUCGUUGUCAUCGUCGUUGCGUAAACUCCUUAUUCUGCAAUCUUUGCUUUGAGACAGUCACGCGUGGACGUCUCAGGAAUCAGACUUCCGUUUAACUACAACUUCUAAAAAUAACUUUGGUGAAAUUCACAUAUCCCAGCCAACGCUGUAUGAUUCUCUCUCUCUGUUAGUUCUCUCUCGCCUUAUGUUAGGAGUUUAAAUGAGUGAAAAAUUAUAGUAGAAAGUAAAGCAAAACUGUUACAUAAGUUUGAGCCUCUAGGAGCGACCAUCGCUAGUGAGCGACCACCUCCCAUUGGCUUGCUUGCUAUCAGGAACGUUUGCCUUGUGUAAUUAGGGACCUUACGAAACUACGACUGGGCUUGGUUAGCAAAAUAACAAAUCUGUACGUGCAUCACGCUUUUUUGUACAUUUCUUUGCCGUCCCUGCACGAUUACGACGUGAAAUGACCAAAUUUUAAUUCUUUUUGAGGACUGGACCGGAAAGGCGAUGAAUUCUAUUCUCUGACUAAACUCGGGCGCAGCCCCCUCUCUUCAGCUCCAACAUAAAUUCCCUUCUUUUUAGUAACUGGGUGACUUGGGAUAUUAUCGCGAAAUGGUUUGAAAGGAUGUGGAGUCUGUUUCAGCGACCUUUUAAGGGACGUCGCCGUUGUCGGAUCGUAAGGUCCCUUUUAGGACGACUACGAGUACGAGAUUUGACUAAGGGUUUUUGUCGCGUAUUCUCCAAAAUAUUUAACCCGGAAAGCUUCAUUUUACCAUUUUUCACCAGAAAAGUUAACAGCGUUACCAUUAGUGAAGGAGGUUACACUCUCUCCCGAUCAUAAAAUGAUAAAACUUCUAACAUUUGAUAACUUAUUUUCCCCACUUCGACAUUCUCACUAAACUCGUAGUAGAGUGACUACGGCUACCAUGUUUUCCCGCCAAAAUGACGCUGCCUCACACGUGUGCCCUACUUUAAUAGUACUGAGAAAAUCUCAUACUCGUUGUCGUAUUCGUCGUAGAAUCUAAAGGUUUCUAUUAUCAUGGGUUAUCCUGAUUCUGGUUUAAAUCUAUUUUAGCCACAAUCAAUUUAACUGACUAAUGUUUGGCUGUCCCAUAGCUCCCGAGGUACCGCCUAACGUCACUGCAGGCCCCCUUACCACCACUAGCAUCAAUGUUAAUUGGAGUGAAAUCCCAUGUAACAAAAGAGGUGGAAAGAUAAUUAACUACUUCAUUGAGAUUCAUAACAGUAGCGGAAUGAUACUUGAAAAACAAGUCAGCGGCAACGACUCUUCUUAUGAGGUGACAGGUCUAGAAGUACAUUCAAACUACAGCGCGAGGGUUUUGGCUGCUACUGGUGCGGGCAAUAGCUCUUUCAGUGAUUUCUAUAACACGACCACACAUCAGCCAGGUAUGACGAAAUUCAAAUAAUUAAUUAAACUAAUAUUUAACAAUUAUUCCUCGAGCCCGACUGGGCUCUGAGUCAAUUGCCCAUGAGGCCGAAGGCCGAAUGGGCUAUAGACUCAGAGGCCAUGAGGGCGAGAGGAAUAAUUGUUUUAGUCGGCUCCCGUUUUAGUAAAAUCCAACUAGUUGGUCAAAAAUAUCGAGACAAAACAACUUAAAGCAAGACUUUAAUCCUUUUUUGCCGCCAAAAAUCCGCUACUGGUGGGCUAUAACAUAUAGCCUAGUAAAAGCUCAACCAAUCAGAACGCAGCAUUGAUAAUAGACCACUAGUUGGAUUUUACUAAAUAGAUUUAGCCAAGGCUAAACGCGAAGCUAUUGUUAAUAAACUUAUAAUUUACUUCAAACAAAUAACUUUUAACCAUUGCAAAGCAAUCUGCUUGUAGUUGAGCCCGCGAUCAGUUGAAAGCCAGUAACUUGUCAGCGGAUAACUUAAAAACACGUAACCUCAAUGGGUUGACACUUGAGCCCGCGAUAUUGUGAUACUGGCCAGCAUGUUUUGACAGCUGUCAAUUGACCAUAACAUAGAUGUGCAAUAUCACGUUGCAGGCUCCCACACUAGCCAGAAAGUGUGACAUUUCACCUUGGUUACUCUGUGGUGCGGACGGAGGGACGGACGGUCACCUGGCUGCCAAAAUUUCGCGGAUUCUCUUCUUUCACAUAGACCAUAAUGCUCCUUGUUUACACCCCAAAAUUUUGCACAACCAUUGUUUCCAAUUUCUCCUGGGUAUUACGGUCGUCCCAAGAGAAAUCCAAGACAAUGGUUAUGCAAAAUUUUGGGGGUUAACAAGGUGCGUUAUGGUCUAUGUAAAAAUGGUGAAUGGAUAGAUAAUCAAAUUUUCUUAGCUAUGGGGUUCCGCUCGCGCGUUGUUAGGGAGUGCGGGCGAGAUCGAUAUAAACGCCCUUGCCCAAGCGCUGUACUUUGCGUAAGUUUCACGUGAUAGACGGUCAAAAUGGGCGUGACCAGAUUGCGUUUUAUGCAUGAUAAUAUGAUAUAAACAACUUUAUUUAAGUGUCGAUGUCUUUAGCUUAUAAAAGCUAAUUGGGGACACUAAAAUAAUAGGAAAAAAAUAUGAAAUGAAUUUAUACAUGGUUUCAGAAAAGAACUGACCUAAAAAGCAGUAUCGUCUUGAGAUAGCCCCUUUAAAUUGUUACUGUCACAAUUCGAAAACCACUGUGUGUCCCGCUGAAAUAUUUCGUACGAUUGUGUCCAUGGCGAUCGCAGGGGACUGGGGAGUUAACAGAGAAAAAGCGAAAGGCUUUGAGUGUGCCAGAACUGAAAACGUUUGUUUGACUGAAUUUUAGCACCUGAAAACGUCCCAACAGAUGUUAAGGUUAAAGCAACUGGAAAAACAAAUAUUACCGUAACUUGGAGGGAGAUAUCCGACAAAUUCCUCCAGGGUUAUACUGUCAAGUACAAGAAGAAGGGUGCUGCCAGUUCCAACGUCAUUGAAGUCAACAGAGUGAACGAAAAAGUUCUUAAAGAUCUAAACAAAUUUACAGAAUACACGAUACAAGUCGCGGCACGAAGUACUCAGCCAGGGAAUUACAGCGAAGCAAUAUCUGCAAAAACGCUCGAAGAUGGUAAGCUUCCUUUACUAAAUAUCUUCAUAUGGGAAACAUUUUAUUAAACGUCUCUAAUUAAGCUGUUCCUGUCGUCAUUUACUGACAGGUACGUGGUUGCUAACCCCUUGCAGAACAUGGUAACGUACUUGGAUACCGCUUAGCACAGGCUCGCUGGAUGGCAAAGGGUCCACGCGUUCAUUCAGAUCACAAAGCUUUGAGUGCGGUCGGGCGAAGCCUUCUUAGGCUACUUCAAACGUCUUUCAAUUAUUCCAGUCCAGUCAUUUCGGGAAUAAUAGAACAGAACAAUACUAAAGCGAGGAAUGCUUGGCUCGAUCGCUCUCAAAGCUUUGUAAUCGGAAUGAAAGCCUGCCUGGCUUGCCAUUCAUCUAUCUGUUUCUAACUGGUAUCUUAGCACGUGAUCUGUUGCUAAGUGGUAUCCAAAUGGUGACUAAGUCCUACAAAGGGCCUUUGAAUUGACAAAAACAUUGUAAGUCUCCUGAGAUGUUAAUGGUAGACGAAAAUGGUUUAUCAUAUGCCCUUUUGGUCUGAUAACUAGUUGACUUUAAGGAAACCUUACCUCCUCAGAAUUUUUUUUUUUAAAAAUUAAUAAAAUAUGAUCGUGACAUGUAAUUUUUUUCUAAAUAUGGCCUCGCUUUCAAAGAGAGCACUGUUUCUAACACUCUUAUGAAAAUAACUUUUCAUUCACACGCAAGUUAAACACAUUUUCUGGUGAACUGUUCUGCACCAGGCCACGUUUUUAUAAAGAGACUUGGUUAACUUGAAAAUGGACUUUUUUCCAUUGGUUAGUUCCCGGUGCUGCACCUCCUGGUGUGUAUGUAGAUGUUUUGGAUUCCACUUCCGCGAGGAUCAAUUGGGGCGAGGUUCCUAAAGAAAAACGUCAUGGUUACAUAAUUGGCUAUCGUGUCCUGUACAAAAGAAAGCAAAAUGGGAAAAGACGAAGAAGAAGUGUAGAUAACUUUCAGACAGUAACGACAGUUGAUGGAGCCUAUUCAAUACUUCUCAAGUCUCUGGAUAAAGCCGCUGAAUACGAAGUCGAAGUGCGUGCAUUUACUAGCGUAGGAGAUGGACCAUCGCUUCCAAAUAUAUCUUUCACCACCAGCGAAGACAGUAAGUAUUUCACCCAAGUUGGUAUUGCGGCGCAAUGGGGAAUAAACACUAGCUGCCGCCCCUGGAAAAAGAGGUUGAUCGAUCGUAUUUCAUAAUUUAUACAAACGAAUCGUUGGUAUAUUUCAAGAUAUAUUGCUCGCAUCUUUCAAAAAUGGUAAGCACCAGUUGGUUAUGAAGAAUUAGCUGGAGGAUUGGAGGCAAUCAGUAAUGGCGAAAUAUUUUGAAUGAAUGAUAGUAUUGCUGGCAAUGGUUAGGUGAUAUUGGGAGUAAUAGAAGUACGAAAUGAAGAACGAUUUAGUACCCUUGCCAGGUCUAGGCACGUCUCCGCUUGAUUAUUUUAAACCCAAUAGAUCGAGGCUGCGCAAGAUACCUCGUUUUGGUAAGAGAAUGGCCCCCUCCUCCGAUACCAAAACGUCUACAUUAACGUAGGUAUCAAACCUUUCGUAGGGCUCAAUGGUUCUUUUUCUCACCUCGAGAAAGAAAGAGAACCCUGGAGACGAGGUUGCCGUAGGAAUCUGGUGAGAGGAAAUUUAAAAUGACUAAUACGAGGGGGAGGGACUCCUUUGUAAACAAACUUUUACAGACCCUACACAAAUUUUCCAGGACUUGACAAUCAGAUUAAUUGUUUUUCAGUUCAUGCAAAUUGCUGUCUAGCUGAUCAUUUAUAGUUUCAGAGCAACACGAGAACAGAACAAAGCUCAAGUGUGAUAGCUAAAACACCCUACAACAUGGAACCAAUAAACAACACUGAAGAAAACUACUUCGCUUUGUGAAAAGCUUUAGAGCGAUUUUCGUAUGAACUUGAAAAAUGGUUUCGGCAAGUGUUCGUUAUCUGUUUUGUCAGCCAAUGAAUGAAAAGAAAAAACAAGGCCUCUUCGUUUUCCCGCCAAAGAAAACCCUAAUAUGGAGUGGGCAUUGUUUGAUUGGCCAAUCGUGUUGCAGUAUGACGUCAAAGCGAAGUAUCGAUUGAUUUCUAGAAAUUUCUUUGGGCAUGAAGUUUUUUCAGCCGAGCGUUCGCUUAACCAUCCAAAAGCCAAGUGCGUUUGUAUUCGCUCUAUUUUCGUUCGUUUGUUGUUUCUGUUUUGUUCACGGGUUUUCAUCUCAAAGUCAUACGAAACUCGCUCUUCCAUUUCAGUUUGCAAACUUCCAGGAAUUUCCAGGACCUGUACGAACUCAGUGGCCCAUUGAAUAGAAUUAUUUAAAAUUCGUUAUUCACCAUUUUCACAUAGAGCACAAUGUACCUUGUUUAUCCCCCCCCCCAAACUUUUGCAUAACCUUUGAUUAUAAUUUCUUCUUUGUAUGACAGUCGUCCCAAGAGAAAUCGAAGACAAUGGUUAUGCAAAACCUUUCAUUUUGUUUGUGUUUUUUUUUUGGGGGGCGCAGGGUAAGGUAUACAAGGUGCAUUAUUGUCUAUAUGAAACUGGUGACUUGGAUUAAUCAUAUUGAUCACAUUAAUCAUAUAUUUUAUAGCAAACCAAAAGGUUUUUGCAGACAUUAUACCAUGUUGAGAAAAAUUCAUGAAAAUGCCAUUCAACUGUAUAAGAACAUGAUUUGUACCAAAGCAAGGUCACGGCACUUGAUAAACACCCGUAAGAGAGCCUAUUCUAAACGAACACACAGAACAAUAAUCCAUUUACUCUUUUCUAGUUCCCAGUGAACCUCCAGUGGAACUAAAAGCGGUGGACCGGUUAUCACCGUAUACCAUCAGAGUGUCCUGGGAACCAGUCCCCGAGGGGUACAGGCACGGAACAUUGCAAAACUACAAAGUGACGUACCAGAAAGUAGAAGUUGGAAACGUAGGAAUAGAGGAAGAACCGGUGAAAGAAAAAAUAGUCAGCGCUAACAAAACGGAUGUGGUGCUCGAAAGACUGGAACCAUAUGUGCGGUAUAGAAUUACAGUUGCAGCUAGCACGUCCAAAGGGUAUGGACCACCGAGCGCAUCUGUUUCUGGAGGUAAUAUAUAGAUUUAGCAAAGGCCAAAAGCGAAGCUUUCUCAAGUAAUUCAACUUCUACAGUAAGAGAAAGCAAACUGAAUUCCCCCUUAAAAAUGGACCUGAGCCCGCGAUCAAUGGAAAACCAGAUAAACCGGAUACCCUUUUUGACAGCUGUCAAUUGACCAUAACAUGGAUGUCCAAUACCAAGUUAAACAAAAAAGGUAUAUGCCUCAGGGACAUCUAGCUAGUAAGUGUGCCAUUUCACAUCCGCUAACAUGAAGGGGUGGAAGUACGUAAGGACGAUUUUGUCAGAACCAAAAUUUCUUGGAUGCAUAGAUAACCCAAAUUUCUUGCGCGAGAGCUCCGCUAUAAAGCUUAUGAUCAGUGCUAUAUCUACAAUUUAAACAAAAAUCGCGUAUUAUGUUGACAUGAAAAAUAGGAUCAAUUUAGGUCUCUGGGAAACUGCCUACCUACCCCUUCCCUGAGCCAACAUUUUGCCCUAAGUGAGAAGUAAGUGAUAAUGUUGGCUUAGGGGAGGGAUAGGUGGGUAGUUUCCCAGAAACCUAAACUGACCUCGUAUGCACACCUCUUCACACUGCCACGAAGAGUGGCGCAAAAACCUCUCCGAUGAUCCACUUUGAGUACCUGCGCGGCGAAGCCGUAAAAGUUGAGCCUCUCUCAACAUUUGCCUUCACGCGCGACUUUUCAUAGUUUGCCUCUAUUUAUUUACGCACGCGAAAUUUUAAGCUUCGCGUACGUAAAAAGCUGCACGACAGUGAAUAUCCACCUCAGGGGGGACAUCGACAGUUGACAAAUCGAGGAGCUGCAUUGUAUAUUGAUAUUUGUGUGUUUUUGUCAGAGACGUGCCAGUGCAAACAAAAAUUUUCCACAAGUUGGCGGCGAUACGAGCCCUACGCAAACGUUACCGAAGAUAGCGAGCCUGGGCAAAUAAUACCCGUUGUUCUGCAGUCUAUGGUGGACGAAUGCUGUGGAAACUGCUCGGCCUACAAAAGAGUACGUUUGGAUUUUAAAAAGAACGGCAAGAACAGACCAGCACUGCGAAAUUCAAGCCGUGAACUUCUUGAAAGCUUGGAUCAAGAGACCGAUUUUACCUUUCCUGUGUAUGGAUUUAACGAGCAAGACCGCUAUAAAGGCGGUUAUGGCUACAUACCGGUCAUAGAAUCUGCUGGGGUAGCAUUUAUCGUUUACCCUCAAAAAUCCUCAAACCAGAAUACAAUGUACGACUUGAUGAUCAGCUGCCUUCCCGUGUUAGUGCUGCCCAUAAUCACGGCGUGUGUCUCGGGCAUGAUUAUUUGGGCUCUGGUAAGUAUACCAGCUCGUUAAUCCCUAAGAGUGAUUAGCAUCAAAUUUCUCCUUGUAAUAUCAAUGCUUUGUAAAACACAGUGGUCAUGGGAAUUACGGACAUGAUCACACAAGAUGAAUUUGUUUGAUUUGUUAUCAACUUCUUCCCACUUCUUCUGUAGGAAAUGAAUAUGGGCAACAAAUGAGAAUUCAAAUUUUGAUCUUAAGGUUUAAAUGGUUAAAGGGGCUAAGUCACGCUAUUUGAAAAGCUAAUUUGUGCCUUCGCAGUAACUGAACUAGAAUUAGAAAAAAAAUCAGAGCAAUUUUCGUAUGACCUUGAAAAAUGGCUUCGGUAAGUGUUCGUUGUUUGUUUUAUCAGCCAAUGGAUGACACGAUCAAAACAUGGCCUCUUCGUUUUCCCGCCAAAGAAAACUCUAACAAGGGUGAAGGCAUUGUUUGAUUGGCCAAUCAUGUUGCAGUAUGACGUCAAAGCGAAGUAUCGAUUGAUUUCUCAAAAGUUCUCUCGGGCAAGUUUUUUCACCCGAGCGUUCGCUUAACCAACCAAAAUCCACGGGUGUUUUUAUUAGUUCGAUAAGUCCAUCAAAUCGCUCUAUUUCCGUUCGUUUGUUGUUUCUGUUUUGCUCGCGCGUUUUCAUUUCAAGGUCACACGAAAAUCGCUCUAACGGUUAUUAUUUUUUUUUAAUUUAAGGCCCUAUAUUUAGGCAAUGACAAGAUUUCCUGUCGUCUGUAUCAACGGAUGGCAAGGAUGGAGAUGGAUUGGAACUUGAAAAGGUUGGGCCAACGUUUUCAAGUUUUAAUGCCAUGCCUGCAAAAAUCACCAAACAAAUAUUAUGAUAGACCUUGCCAUGGUUUUCGACGCCAUCUUGACGAGUAGGCAAACAUGUUAGAAAUCACAGUGUUUAUAUGAGAAUCUAAUGACCAAUAACUUCCGUUAAAGGGCUUUUCUGAAAAAAAUAUCAAUUGUAAACUAAACCUACAAAGCGAAGGAUUGUAAUUAAACAUUUUGGGGGCGUACCUGUGCUUAAAUUUCUCCAGAGGCUUGCUUUAGAUUUUCCAUAUAUUUGUCUGUAAUUCUUCGCAGGAAUUUCUUACAGACAAAUGUAUAGAAAAUUGUAAAAAGUGGUUCUAAGUCUUCUAGCGAAUGUAACGCCGUCAAUUUUUUUCAGUCGAAUACUUAGGAGUGAAGCUUUAGUUUGCAAUUCAUGUUUUUUUCGGAACAGACGUUCUACGGAAAUUAUUCGACAAUAGAUUUUCAUACAAACACUGUAAUUUCUCACGCGUUUGCCUACUCGUCAAGAUGGCGUCGAAAACCGUGACAAGGUCUAUUAGCGCUUCCUGCUGAAACUUUAUUGAUAUCUUUUUUCAUAACUUUACAGGAGCGUUGCGUGUAUGAGUUAAGGCACUAAGAAAUGACUUGAGCACAAAAUUGACCCAGAACAUCUAUAUCCUUGUGACAUAGACCCUUUAGCUAGACAAGGGUCUACGCAGACUAGCACCGACUGAACAUCGUGUACGGUUUUUUUUCCUUAUUAGGAGAGAGUAAGUAAUUCAAAAGAUUUCCCCGCACCGUUUCUUCAAGGGACCUGGGAAGGAAUUUGGUGGGCUUUUGUUAGCAUGACAACCUUAGGGUGAGUAAGCGAUUUACAGAUAUUUUGUAGUCUAGUCAUUCUACGAGAAAAAAAGACCGAACCUUGAAGUAAUUGCAACAGAAUUUAUUUUUGCCGGAAGUUAUUCUACUGAUGCCUAUAAAUAACAUGUCAAAAGUCUACCAAACGUUUCGAAGGAUAAAAUGAUGAAAUUACAGUUUUAUGAUUGAAUUCUUUUUCUAAAUUCAAAAUGGCUGCCGCGCAAUUUAUUCAAAAUAUAUGCGUAAAUAUUUACAGCAAACAGCUAAAAACAAUAGGCGUAAUUGGAAAACAAAAUGCGUGCACGUGUUUAAAUGUAAAGAUUUGAACAACUUUUUGAUCACAUCGAAGAAAAUUUAUUUCGAGAACUGGAAAACAACAGUUUUCCUUGAAUUAGUUCUCUAUCAAUAAGUAUAUAUGUGUAUCAGUGACUCUAAAGACUCUCGAUUGUUUGGUUUGGAAAAUUCUUGCUCCGUACAACUGCUCUGGACGAUUCUCUGGCCUUCAAACUAACAAAGUUCUUCGCUUCACAAGACAUUUAUUUAGACGAGUAUUGGUAGAAACGCAUUGUUGGACGUCCAGAGUGGUACUUUAGUGAAAAAUGUCGUGUGAAGGUAAAGUAUAGAUGGUUAAAGAUGUGGUUUAUCGUCCGGUUAACAUCACACGAUGGAGUAUUGUGUAAUUUGCAAGGAAUUAUCAACCAAUGGCCUCGAAACAGUGGAACUUAGGCAAAAAGGAAGCGAUGGCAUCAACAAUGCAAGUACUGACUACGUGGCGACACACUCCAAACUUUUGCAGGACAGCGUGUACAUAAAAAAUGCAGGCAGAAAUACUGUCAUGUAAAGGUUAUUCGUUCCUACAUAAAGAAACAUACGGCUGAUGAAGAAACAUCCUCUAGUGCAAGUCGUACCCUGCGUUCCAGUGAACCAACAUUUGAUUUUGGUGAACGAUGUUUAUUUUGCAGCCAGCCUGCUAAACUUACGGGAAACAAAAGAGGACAUGAUGUUUUUCCUGUUAGAACAUUAGAUUUUCAAACCACAUUAAACCGAAUUUGUGAGGAGCGAAGAGACGGUUGGGCUGAGAAAGUGCAUGGCAGAAUAUCUUUUUCCCAAGAUCUCAUUGCAGCAGGUGCAAUUUAUCACCAAGUUUGCAGUACCAAUUUUCGGACGGGGAAGCAAGUACCGCUUUCUCAUCAAACUAACGGAAGCAAACGACAAAAGAAAGGCAGGCCAACUGAUACGUCUAGGCAAGAGGCAUUCUUGGAGGCUGCAAAAUAUCUUAAGGAAAACGAUGACGAGCAGAUAACUGUGAACGAUCUUAUGAAUAAGAUGGCAGAAUUCAACGACCAAGAACCUUACAGCGCACGGUAUAUGAAAGAAAAACUUAAAGAGCAUUUUGGAGAAAACAUCGUUAUUGCUAGUAUCAAUUGUAAGGCUGAUGUCGUAACAUUUAGGAGUACAGCUUCGACCAUCUUGCAAAAUUUUUAUGACGCUUCUAGAGAUGCUGACCCUGAAGCCGAUAAAAUCAGAGUGAUUAAGGCAGCUGCUGAUCUCAUAAAAACGGACAUCAAAAGUAAGGACAACUCUAAAAGUUUUUAUCCAUUACCUGGAGAGAUUUCGUCUUUGGAUGAAAACUGCGCUUUUCUACCUGAAACGUUGUAUUUGUUUCUGAGAACAAUAUUUAACGAAAAGAGUGCAGAGCGAAAGAUUGCUUCCAUAGGGCAAGCCAUUAUUCAAGCCGCUCGGCCCAGGGUCCUGAUAGCUCCUCUUCAAAUCGGCCUGGCAGUCCAAAUGCACCACCUUUAUGGAUCCAAAUUUUUAAUUGAUUCCUUGAAUAGUCAUGGGUUUUGCUCCUCUUACACUGAAGUUAAGAAAUUUGAAAUGAGUGCGGCGCAAACAAAAGGCACAGAUAUUCCUGGUUUAACCCCCGGUCACUUUGUACAAUAUGUAGCAGAUAAUGUAGACCACAAUGUCUGUACGUUGGACGGACAGAACACUUUUCAUGGUAUGGGGAUAACAGCUGCUGUUACUCCGGCCACGCAUCCAGAUUCUCCAAUACCGAGGUGUUCCACCACAGCUGCAGAGAUAGCAAAUAUUGGAAAGAUUGAUAUUCACUAUUACAAGACGGCUAAUGAUGUCAAAGUGCCUUUAGUUUAUGAGAAACUGCCAUGUCUUUCUAACGUCAAUAAAACUUGGAAGUUAGACUUUCUCUGCAGUUUAGUUUGGCCAAUUCGAUCCCACAAGCCAAAUUGGUCUGGAUUAAUGCAGACUAUAAGCAAAGGAAGCCAUCCCGGAAAAUCUUCUGUUACAUUCUUACCAAUGAUUGACAUGGAUCCAACAAACAUGAGCUGUAUAUAUUCAACGCUUAAAUUUGUAGAAGCACAAUGUAAAAGACAACAUACCACGCCUAUUAUUACAUUCGACCAACCCUUGUGGUGGAAAGCGCAGCUUAUCGUAGAGAGUGAACCACCAGACAGUGAACUGCGCUCUAUAAUACUUCGUCUUGGAGGAUUCCACGCAGAAAUGAGUUUUCUUGGUUGCAUAGGCAGCAUUAUGUCUGGUUCUGGUAUUGAAGAACUUUUAGAGUGUGUGUAUGCUUCAAAUACGGUGGGACACAUGCUCAGCGGCAAAGCUGUUCAAAGGGCAUUCAGAGGACAUUUACUAGUGGAAAAUGCUCUAAAUGCAAUUCUCACCGCCGAUGCCUUCAAUUUAAGUCUACCUAAGGCGUGUUUUGCCAAGAAUUAUGAAGAGGGAGAGCUUGUGAAAGAUCGAAGGCAAACAGUUCCUGUACUCGACAGCGUUGUAGUUGAGCGCGACGUUCUUAAUGUUGCAGACACAGAGCCAGGGAAACUCAGCGACUCAAGGCAAACAGUUCCAGUGCCCGACAUAGUUGUGGUUGAGCGCGAUGUUCGAUAUGUUGAAGACACAGAGGCAGUGAAACGCGGGGAACCAAGGCAAACAGUUCCAGUACCCGAAAAAGUUGUAAUGGAGAGUGAUGUUCUUAAUGUUGAAGAAACAGAGCCAGUGAAAGGCAAAGACCCAAGUCAAAACGUUCCAGCGCCCGGCAGUGUUGUAAUCCAAAGGGAAGUUCCCGAUCUAAUUCACAAGGCAGUCGAAUUGUAUGAAAGGUUAAUGGCUGGCGAUAUCGGAAUAGCGUGUAGUGAGUGCCGAGGUGUCAAUUGUAGCAACUCAAGCACCAACCUUUCUGAUGUUUUGUUAAAUGUGGAAGGUGAUCCCCUAAAUGAACUGGACUAGCACAAGGUUUAUAGUACCUACCACGCCUUGUUGGUUGUUCCCCUGUGAAGAACAGAAUUAGUACAAUGUUUUUAGUAGUACCAAUCUAGCUAUCUUCAGUUGCAAAUGUGUAAAUGAGAUUAUUAUUUCCGAAGUUGUGUAGAAUGUGAAGACUUUUAAGUGCCACUAUAGAGAACAGAAACAAUACAAUUUAGUAAAGUAGCAGUAACAAUUUAGUUAUCUUAAUUCAGUUGCAAAUGUGAAAUUAUUAUUUUCGAUGUUGUGUUAAGUGUGGAGGAAGUUCCACGGUAAAAAACUGAAAUAAUACAAUGUUAUUAGUAGUACCAAUUUAAAUAUCUUCAGUUUUUGAGGAAAUUACUAUUUACGAAGUUGUGGUUAAAUGUGGAGGAUGUUCCACUUUAAAGAACAGAAAUAGUACAAGUUAUUAGUACAAUGUUAUAAGUGCAACUGUGAUAAGAUAACAUUUUUGCCGCUAAGGCUUUGCCUUUUUUUUUUUUAAAAAAAAGAGUUAAAUAACUAGUAUAGUGUUGUGGAUGUUUUGCAUUUACGUUACCAAGUUGCUAUUUUUACUUUAAAUUCACAACGAAUUCCCAAUAAAUUGUUUCAAGAAGCAGACAAGCCGCCAUUUUUAAAUUAUUCAUAAUAGUUCUUAGCGAAUGAGAGCGUUUCUCUUGGAUAGAUUUUUCUGAAUUUUUGUUAUGUUGGUUAGAGCAACUAAAUAACUUAUUUCAUGACGUUGAUUUUCAGCUGCGCUUUUUUAACAUUCCAAAAAACACAAACAAGCAGCCCUUUUGAAAUUAUGCAAAUUAGUUGAAAAUGUUCCGGUAAAUUAACGAUUUUCCGCCGGGUAGAUUUUGGUAGACUUUUAAUUUGUUGGUUAGGGUCACUUAAAUAGUUGUUUGGCGCAAACGGACUUUCUGUUGCAAUUAGUUCAAGGUCUAACUUUAGAAUGACUAGACUAAUAGUCUUUACAAUGAAAAAGCGCAAUGACCGGCACCUAUGGACCGGGAGAAAAACAUUCACGCCGUGUGCUGCGAGGACAAUUAUUUUCCAAAGGGAAAAUUUAAAUUAUUUAAUAGUUUGUUUCACUCAGUGUACCUUGUUUUUUCAAUACGUUUGAUUUCUAUUGCCGAUUUGUUUGCCGUGUGUUAUCUGUGGAACGUAAGUAACGAGGAUAAAUGCUGUGUCGUGACACUUCGCGCGGCAGACAUUAUAGUCGGGUCGCUUGACUUGUUUACAUUCGCACGUAUUGCGUGUCUAUUUCAACUUUGAAUCAAAACAAGCGACCUCGAUUACCCUAUUUGGGCGACGCGCAAAUAACAAGUGAUACCAAUUUGAGACGAGUCAACCACCGCUUUCCACCCAUAAGAGUACCUUCUUUGACAGUUGAAUGGACUCCCCUAAAAGUAAGCUUUUAUUGAUACAAAAACAAUAACAAGAGUUCUUUGGAGACGUGCAAACACAAACUGACACACCACUAAGUUUCAGUGUCUUGUCGGCUAACACUACACCAAAUCGACCUAUGGAAGACACAGGUGCGUAGUUAAACGCACGCUGAACCGCAAACUGCGCGCAUAACAUCACAUUUCGCGCAAAAAUCACUACCAUCCUGGAAUAUUCAAUUUGUGCAGGAUCUCACAUACCGUCCCCAAUGACUCUUUCAACUAAACAGGUAUGGAGACCGCGCCCCUUUGAGUGGCAAAGGACGUUUGUUUGCCAUUGUGUGGAUAUUAUUUGGACUCGUCAUAAUCGCCCUUACCAUGGCAAUGUUGACGACAGCGUUGACGGCGGAUGCUGUCAAGGAAGAAUACAAACUGUACGGAACCAAGGUGAGCAUCAGGAAAGUAGUAUAAAGCUUUCUUUUGCAGAGAAGGAGUGAUCACUUGAUGUUUACCAAAUCAGGUAUCUCAAAGUCUGUCUUCCCAUAUCUGGAGUCUGUAAUAUAUAUCUAUUCGCUUUAGAUUGCCGCUGAAUAUAACUCCCCUGAAUACAAUCUUGGAACCAGACGGAACGCAAAAUUUGACAAAGGUAUGGCCCGUAGUUACAUUAAUUAACUACCAUCACGCCAUGUUACGCCCUAACAUUUACCAUUUGCCUUUACUUUGCCUUAAAUAAACGUAUUGGUGAACCUAAAGAUCAUCAUUAGCAUCAUCAUUAUCAUCACAUCAUCACAAUCAUCAUCAUCAUCGCCAUUAACGUCAUCAUCAUCUUCAUCAACGUCAUCACCAACAUUAUUGUCGUCAUCAUCAUCCUCGUCAUCAUCAUUGUCGUCGUCAUCAUCAUCCUCACCAUCAUCGCCGCCAACAUUACCAUCGGAAUUCACCAUAACCGCCAAGAAUAUCAGCAACGCUAUCACUAAGAUAAUAACUACCAUUAUCUCUAUAAUCGUCCUUGUUUUUUCCAUCGUCAUCAGCUCACGUGUUUUGUUUUCUAUUCCAAAUUUCAAGACAAACACUACAACAACAUAGACGAGGUCGCACAGGCUCUCAUCAACAAAGAAGUCGACGGUAUCUUGGUGGACACUUAUUCCGCAGGCCUGAGAGGAGAUCUGUUUAACCGACCCGAGUUACUCGUCAGCAAGAUUAUUGAUUACAAAUCUGCUUACGGUGUUGUGUUCAGUAGCAGCACCAAUCGACUCAGGAAAUGUUUCCAAAGAUACAUGGUUUCACACAAAGCAGAGAUUUUUGAGAUGGUCAAGAAGAAAGUCAAGCCGAUAGAGGUAAUUCUUUACUAGAAUGGGAAGGAAAGAGGGUUUACUAACUUAGAACAGACGCCGCUGAAUCGAACUGGGUAGUUACCGACACUUUACUCACGGACUCAAGCAAAACUGACAACGAUAGGAUGACUGGACAACUGACAACUUGACGGAGAGUUAAAGGACCGUUAUAACUGAGUCAGAAGACGUAUCGAAAAGCACCAAUCACACCUAGAGUCUUCAUAGCCAAUCACAUCACAGCUUAACUAACAGACGACCAAUAACAUCACGACUUGACCAAUCAAUCAAAUAACCAGAGUUUAAUACCAAAAACUGAAGUGAUACAUCUCACUUUGACUCGAAACGUCAGUCAAAAGAGAGCUUUAGAUUCGAACACGAGAACAACUACGAGUACGAGAUUUGAUUUAAAGUUUUUUCGCAUAUUGUCAAAAAAUAGAUACGCCAGAAUUCUUCAUUGUACUUUUUUUAACCAGAAAAGUUAGCACUCUUAUCGUUAUUGAAGGAGGUUCAGCCCUCUCCAGAUUGCAAAAUGCUAAAACUUCUGACAUUUGAUAACUUGUUCCCGCCACUACGACACUCUCGCUAAGACUCGUAGUAGAAUGACGAAGGCUACCACGUUUUCCCGCCAAAAUGACCCUGCCUCACUCGCGAGCACUACUUACUAUUGAGAAAAUCUCGUACUCGCAGUCGUUCUUGUCUUAGAAUCUAAAGGUCUGUACUGUCAACAAGAGUCCUAUUCAGGACCAAACUCACCAGGACGAUCAUAUUCCAACAACUUAGGAAGUUACUCCUGGGUUCAAACCAUUUUCUGGAUUACUUUAAGUUUGUUGCUGUGGUUAAGCUCAGGGUUCGCAGAAGAUGUGCGGCUCACGCGCGUUCUCAGCAACCUGUUGGGGGUGGGGUACGUUUGUUACCCAUUUCGGGCUGUGGGACGUUCGCCUCGGAAGUGUUCCGUUAUCUGUAGAAUUUACCAUGUAGAAUUUGCUAUGUCUACACUAGACGGGAUAUUUUUGCGUGUCGACACGAAAAGCUAGCAGCUCUUUAGCAAAGCUGUUUCAAACACUAGUAAGAGUGUUUCAUUCGAUUUCUAAAUACUUUUAAGUUAGUCUGAAAUAAUCCAGUUUUGUGUUUGAAUAAUAAAUAAAAUAUUUACCUAAUGAAUACAAUAUCCACAUUUUCUAAAAAUACUUUCCGCGUUCUCAACUCAUUCGGUUUUUAAAUUAAUUUUUUUUUUCUAUACAGACUAGUAACUCCACUACAUCAAGUGAAGAACAAGCUGGAGGCAUACUUGACAACAACUCUCCGCAGUUUCGCAAAGGCUUAUACUACGCGAUCGUGUGUUUUGGUAUUGCUAUUCUCCUGUCAUUGACUUACGAGGUCAUACGUCGCGUAAGAAAAAGACACAAGGUGCAUCAACAAGGUGAGUGUCAUGCCUUUUUCCGCCGUUUAUAAUUGUGACAAUAUAUGCUCUUUGUCUUGGUGGCACGUGACAUCAGAUUAUACGGUUCGGCUCGCGUCGACGUUUCGCGUAGUUUCUGUUUUUCUAGUUUGUAGUUUGAUGCAGUAGCACUAACAAUAGGGCCAUUUAUACGAGGAAAAAUGAGACGUGCCUUACAUAAGACGCGUCUUAAAUAAGACGCGAACUGUACCAUUUAUACGAGCAUGUCUUAUCUAAGACGAGAACAGCUCAUAUAAAUGGCUCGCGUCUUAUUUCUGUUCUUGACUCGUUUUCAUGUGAAUGUUGCCCGUAGCAACGGCAAUCCAAAGUGGCGCCCCAAAAAUUAACGCAUGCGUCCUAUGCGUUCGCGUCUUAUGUAAGACGCGAAGGUCAUUUAUACGAAGUUUUUCUCGUCUUAGCUAAGACGCGUCUUGUCUAAGAACAGGUGUUAAGGGCUGUUCUAAAAUAAGACGCGUCUUAGCUAAGCCGCGUCUUAUUUCAGAGGAAAUGUGCCGUUUAUACGGAAAGUUCGCUUCUUAUUUAAGACGCGUCCUAUGUAAGGCGCGUCUUAUUUUUCGUCUUAUAAAUGGCCCUAUUGUGUCUUCUCAAGUAACAACGACUUAUUUGCUUGUGAGGAGCAGGAAAGGAGCCAAAGAGUAUUAAAUUACAAGAACUGGAAAUUUGUGCUGAACGCCGUUAACCUCAUCUGUACCUUUCCAUUGCUGUGCACUACAAUGAGGAAAAAUUAAUUCGAUAUUAGACGUGGUUUACACGUGGGGAGCGAAUGCAAACGCACGUGCAAAUGCAGAUGCAAACGACGUUCACACGUCCGAUGCAAACACAAGCAAGCUAUUAUUCGCAAGCGCAGUCCAAUUCUUUUGGACCUGAGCCGCGGUGGCAUGGAGCCUGUGUUUUUGUUAGAUUGUCUCUGUGUUUGCGUUGUCCUGGUUCACACGAGUGAAAUGCAAACCCAAGCGCAAAUGAAAGGACACAUUUGCGUUACGGUAGUUCACACGUCUAUUUCGUGGAGUUUGCGUUUGCGUUACGGAGGUUCACAUGUCUAUUUCCUAGCGUUUGCAAUUGCGGAGCAAGUGUGAACUGAACAUAACUCACCCACAAUAAUUUUCCGUUCAUUGAGUCGCUCGUCUCACAAACUGAAAAGGACAUCUCUCUCAUCUAAGAUCAGUUUUAAUUUCACUUCCUAACUCGUAUUUUUCAGUACAAUUCAAGACAAAGCUUCAAGCAGAAAUGAGCCACUUAGUGGAAGAGUUUAUGCAGCGCACGAAGAAGAUAAAGCAGAGGUUGGGAGAAAAACACCGGCAACAAAUCCUAAAGUUUUGGAAACUGCAAAGGAAAGGCUCCACAACCAAUAACUGGUUAAGAAUCUCUCAAGUGUCUCCUCAUCCUAGCGAAGUAAUUAUCACCGACUAUAACUGUUGAAAUUCAUUUAGAAGUGGAUAAGUAAACAUACUAAAGAUAGUUCUGCCAUUAACCUGAACACAAGGUAGAUAAGUGCUGCUAACAUAAGCUUUAAAAGUAAAUACCUAACGGUCAGGAAGAUAUUUUCUAAUGUAGGCACGGUCAAAACUAGAGAUAGAUAUGUGAUGCUAUAAUUGGUUCGAAGACAGAUAAGUAUAACCAUACAAACAUUUUUAGAAGGUAGAUAUGUGCUGUUAAAACCACGUGGGAGAAUAAACUGGUAAUGCUAUCAGUAAGUGCCGAAUAGUCUAGUUUCGAAUUAAAAAUUACCGCUGAGUACAAACAUUAACAACACAUUCAUACAGGGUUAGCCUCGACGUAAAGUAAAAUAUUCAGAAAUUCCGGCAAGUAAGUGUUUGAAAUUUGAAUAUACGCAAUAGACUGAGUAAUAAACAGGUCUUUUUCUCGUUGGAAUUUGUGAAUAUAUUACUUCAGAUGGAGGCUAAGGCUAUAAAAAAUGGGUCUUCUGUUCUUUAAUUCAGCGGUCAUGGCGAACUCGAAACUGGACUAUUGCACGGCAUUGAAACUUGUUAAAACAGUAGUAUCUGUAAAUGAAAACUAAUCAAAAUAGGUAGUAUGCGAUAAAACGUGCUCGGCUUCGGUCCGUUGCUUGUACACAUGCCAAGUCAGAAAAAAAGUUUGUUGAAUUAUAUCUGAGGUAUAAUCAACGUAACCGAGUUGUUUCGUCCAGAGGCAAAUAUUUCCCACAGCAAAUUCCUCCUCGUUAGACAAAUGUGUUUUAGGGGAGUUGUUUUGGGAAAGUAAACAAAAGACGAGACAGGAGACACAUAUGUGCAGUGAGUAAGAAGGUUAGCGUUAGUUCCCAUCGACCUAAAACCCUUUGGACAUCUUGUGAAGUUUACACCACGUGGUAUUCCUUAUCGAUUCGAUCUACCUUCCAUUGUAGAUAAAGUAGUGUGGAAGCGAUAAGGAAUACCACGUUGUGUAAACUUCAUAAGUUGUCCAAGGGGUUUUUAGGCCAAUGGGAUCUAAUGCUAACCGAGUAAGAAGAGAGACCAAGUGACACAACACUCCAUUGUAAAUUUUCCAUCAUUAGCUUAACAUCCGUGAGUCAAAAAUUAAAGCAACGAUCAUCAUUACUGCCUUGUUAUAAAUCCACACAUACUUUGCGCCAUCGUCUAAAGUUACAGGAGACGUACGCUACCAUGACAACCGUUGUUGUAGCAACCACUCGCUUUCUAUGAGCUGAUAGAUCAGUAGGUAAAUAGAGAGAGGGCCAAUCAAAUGCAUGCACGAUUAACAAUACAAGACGAGUGUAAUUUUAAUAAAAACAUAUUAGUAAAAUCCAACUAGUGGCCUAUUAUCAAUGCUGCGUUCUGGUUGGUUGAGCUACCACUAGGCUAUAUGUUAUAGCCCACUAGUAGCGAAAGCGCCGGCUUUUUG